AUGACCAAAUACGAACGGUCUUUCUCUCAGCGAAUGGCUAUGGCUGGACUCGAGCCUCACCACCGUAUAGGAGUAUCAGGUGGCCCUGAUAGCAUAGCACUCUGUGUCCUAACUGCUGGUUGGAAAACUGAUGGUGCUAAUGCUAAUGCUGUUGGCAAAAGUGAUGAUGGUUUUAUUGAUGGGGUUUUGGGGAUAAUUGUUGAUCAUGGGCUACGAGCAGAGAGCAAUGAGGAAGCACAAAUUGUUUCUAGUCGAGUUUCUGAAAUGGGAAUCAGAUGUGAGAUUGCAAAGUGUAGUUGGUUGGAUGGGAAGCCUAAACAAGGUCACUUGCAAGAAGAGGCUCGGGAAAUGAGACUAUCUCGGAAUAGUGGUGUGCUUGGACUUGCUGGCAUGGCAUUUACUUCUCAAAUGUUCUCCAAAAGCACCCAUUUUUACUGUGAAGGUUCCAAGAAUAAAGGGAUCCUAAUAGUGAGACCGCUCUUGCAUUUUUCUAAAGAAGAUAUGUACAAGAUAUGCCAAGUGUCUGACCAGGACUGGGUGGAAGACCCUUCAAAUCGAAGCACUUUAUAUGCUCGGAAUAGGAUUCGAAUGUCAUUAGGAAAUCUGUCAUCACAUAUCUUCCAGUCUGAACUACAAGGUGUCAUUUCUGCCUGUCGAAGAACACGUGCAUAUGUUGACAAAAUUUGUUAUAAUUUGAUAAAUCAGGCUGUGACCAUUGUAGAUCAUGGGUAUGCCAUCCUUGAUUUAGAGAUUCUUAAUCCAUCAGAAGUUGCGGAUAUAUGCCUGUCAAAGUUUGUUGCAUUAAUCUUGCAGUAUGUUUCUCAAAGGAACAGGCCAGUUAGAGGAAGUACUUCAAAAUUGUUGUUACACUACAUUCGGACUGUCCCAUGCAAGAAGUACUGGUCUUUUCUUUUAUAUUUUUUGUAA